AUGCCUUUCCUGUUCUUUUCCGCCAUUUCCUCCCUUACCCAAAUCCCAUUUCUUCUCGUUUUUGUCUCUCUCCUGAAUUUCGUUUCACUCAGUGAUUCGUUUUCCGAAGACUCCAUAAUUAAAGUUACAUUUACAAGUGAGCCCAGCCUCGAGGCAUCCAUCAACGAGGCUGCGGUCGUUUUGCCGGACAUGUUUAACCACAACAGCACAGACACGUAUUUCACGGCAUUCUCACCAAAUGAUUCAUUUUUAAAUUCUAUGCCCAACUACGGGAAAGAUCGUCUUUUCGGCAACUGGACUUUCCUUCAGAACGUAUUCAAAGCCCACAUAAUUCUCGGCGAUGUCUACUUUCUUCCGACACACGGACAAUUACAACCGUUGGUGCCUCUGGAAGGGACCUUAACUUUUACUCGAGACGGCGACAAAAUAAUACCUAUUCGAACGAUUUCCUCAUCGUUGCCUCGGCACCAUCCUAACAGCGCAUUGGAGCGAUUUCAUCACCUACUCUAA